AUGGUUCCUUCCGCGCUUCAGAGUCUGCUGGCUCGCCCUGCAUCGCGCAGCCAAGUCCGUGACUUUGAUGAUGCAUCAGCGGAGGCUUCAAAGGCCGUCCAACGACAGGCGACAUCGGCAUCGGCAUCGGAACCAUCGCAUCCACCUAGAGUAGUCGCUUCUUACGAAGGCGAUGGCCUUAUUUGGAACUGCCCUCUCGCUCCUCAUCCCACCGGCGAGGUGUCAAUGGCUCUCGCGGACGGUAACGUUGUGUGCGAGGACUUCAGUCGGGUGGACGUGGGCUCGUUCGGUACGCUCGUCGGCGUGUUUGACGGCCAUGGCGGCCCGCACGCGGCGCGUUUCGCGGCGGACAGCCUCCUCGGCCACGUGCACCGCGCGCUCGGAACCGGGCCCUUCCAAGAGGCAGAGGAGCAAAGCCGUGGGGCCAGCGUGGGGGGAAGAAGCGUGCACGACGGGAACGGAAGCACGCAUGGUGGUGGCGGUAUGUGUGGUGGAGAAGGAGGCGGAGAAGGAGAAGGAGAAGGAGGCGGAGAAGGAGGCGGAGAAGGAGAAGGAGAAGGAGAAGGAGAAGGGAACCUCCCAAGGCCGGGAGGUGAUGCAUCAGCAGCUGAGGUGAUCCCAAGGCCGGGAGAUGCCUCUGGGGUGGUCUCCGCAAGCGAACACGGAGUAGCAGCAGUGCAAAGAGAGGCAGCGCGGGAGGAAGCGCCAGCCGCAGCACCACCACCAGCAGCGACUCUCGCACCAGGAUUAGUAGCAGGAGAAGGAGCAGAAGGAGCAGCAGGAGGGACGACAAAAGCCACGUGUGCCUCCCCGACACCGGACUCCGCCGAUCGCAUUACGACCAACGACGAGCAGCAGCGCGCGUGCAGCGCUGUCCUAUCCGCGUUCGCGUCGACCGAAGCGGAUCUCCUGGCGCUGGUGCGCGCCGCGUGGCAGCACCGCCCCGAGCUCGCCAACACGGGCACCUGCGCGCUCGUCGCCUUCUUCCCCGCGCACGGCGCCUCCCUCGUCGUCGCGUCCCUGGGCGACUCGCGUGCCGUGCUGGGAAGGAGGCGGCCGCGAGUGGGAGGCCUGCUGGAGAGCGCGCAGAGUGCGUUCGGUGGGAUGGGGAUGGGCCUGGGCUGGGGUGCUGAUGCUGGUGGGAGUGGUGGAAAGGGGAAGGGGUGGCGAAGCAAGGGGAGGUUUCUCAGCUGGGGUGGUGGUGCAACUCAUUCUCAAAGGAGCAGCUCCAGCAACAGCUGCAGUGGUGGUGGUGGUAGCGUUGGUGGUGGCAGUGGUGGUAAAAGUCGCUUAGUGAGGAUUGAUAGUGCAGCCAGUGACAGCAGUCGCGCCAGCAGCGGCAGCUGGAGCAGCAGCAGUAGAGGCGAGAGCAUGAACGGUGACCUGGUUGGUGCUGCUGGCGGUGAUGGUGCUGGUGGGGCCAUGGGGUUUCUGGGCAGGUGGAUAGGCGGGGUAGCAGCCGUUUCUCUAUCGGAGGAGCACAAUGCAAGCCAAGAGCGGGAGAGGCAGCGUCUCCAGCAGUCCCAUCCCGGCGACCCCACAGUCGUCAUGCACCGCAACGGAGCGUGGCGCGUGAAGGGAAUCAUCCAAGUCACGCGCUCUCUCGGCGACUUCUACCUGAAGCACAAGGAGUUUCAGCAGCCACCGCUGCCCAGGCGGUUCCGCCUGGACCAUCUGGGGUCGCCGUCGGGUGUUGCCCUGCGGCGGCCGCUGCUGAGGAGUGACCCGAGCGUGGUGCAGGUGCGGAUAGGCGAGGAGGACCGGUUUGUCAUCCUGGCCUCGGACGGCCUGUGGGAGCAUAUGAGCCGCGCUGAAGCAGUCAAGAUGGUUGACUCGCGCCCGAGACAGGGCAUUGCGCAUUACCUAGCCCGCACAGCCGUGUUGCGAGCAGCGCGCAAGGUGGGGCUGACCCUGCUGGAGCUGCGACUGCUGGACCCUGUGCACAGGCGCAAGGUGUAUGACGAUAUCACAGUGGUUGUGGUGUUCAUGGAUAAGCACUGCCAUGCAGCUGCUGGUGCUGCUGCGGAUGCAGGUACAGUUGCAGCUAAAGGAGCUGUUGGGGCUGAUCUCGCCGUGGCGGAGAGGUUAGGAAGAGGUGAAAGUGCUGCUGCUGACGCUGCUGCUGCUGCUGCUGCUGCUGCUGUUUCGCUUCCUAACGGUGGCGAUGCUGUGGAAAUGGGAGAGGUGGGGAGUGCUGGUGGCAGCGAAAGGCCUGCAAGUGUGAGCAGCAGCAAGAGCAGCAGCAGUGAGAGCAGCAGCGAUGGCAUUGAGAUCAGUGGGGUGGACAGCGUCAAGCUCAGCAGCAGCAGCAGCUCUGCCAGCAGUGCAGUUUCCCCUGGGAGCUUAUCACCCAGGUCGCCUGAUUCCCACCCUCUGGCCUCUGUUUCCGUGGAACCUUCAAGUGCUGCAGUGCUCUCUGCACCUGCGGUGCCCCUGCCACCAUCUCCCCCCAAGGCGGGUGUGACAAGAGGAGGAGCAUCGGUUGUUGAGGUGAUGGCACGUGGUUCUACAGCUGUGCUCUCCAUUCGUGGUUGCUGGCAGUAG